AUGCAGCCUGAGGCUCAGAAGCUCAACAAGGCAGAACAGAGGAAGCUACAAGAAAAUCUGUGCAACUACACCAGCAUCAUGAAGAAGUUCCUCAACAUCAAUGGUUGGCCCAAGAGUGCCACAUACCUUGAGAAUUUGUAUGCUGAAUCUGAAGAACCCAUGCCAAUCACGCCCCUCUAUCUUCACAAUCACUCAAUUUCUGAUCCAAUUCUGCUUCAUGUCCUCAAGCACAUCUCAACCAAACAGCACAAGCAGAUCCAAGUGGGCAACAAGUACAAGAUCAGCAAGAACACCUUCAAGGAGCUCCUCAUUGCCUGCCAGAGACGUGUCAAGUUCCUGAGCAAGGUGAGAAAGGUGGCUACACGCCUCAUGGAUAGGGACUUCAUCCACCUCAAGAACAAGGUGGCUACUGGAGAGUGGGAGCAACUUCUUCUGAUCCUCAGCAAUCCACACAUCAAAAUUGAAGACGUUAUCCAAGAGUUGCAAGAGAGGAUUCAAAAGGAGAAAGAGGAGAAGGAGAAAGCUGAAGAAAAGGAGAAACGUAGAGCGAAGGCUAAAGGCAAGAGGAAAUCCACCAACUCAGCAGAAGAACCUUUCAAACCAGCACAAACACACAACAAAACCAGAUCCAACCAGAAGCUCCUCCACAAGUGCAUCAAACAGCUCCAGGUCACUCACACAAAUCCCAAGCUAGUCAACAUCAUCCUGUGCAACAUCUCCAUUGAUGCAUCCACUCACCACUGGGAUCAGCACAGGCUGAACCAGAUGAUGGGUUACACCAAUCCAAAUCAACAUGACUGCUUUGCUGCCAUCCUGACAACCAAUGUGCUGGAAAUGGCAGCUCUUCUCAACCUCCUUGCCAAUGAGAAUAGCCCCUGGCAGCUUCUGUGUCUCAUCUCAGGGAGCAUCCCCAACAUCUGCUCCAAGAGUGCCAGUGGGGUCCAACACAAUGGCCUCUACACCAUCUUCAUCAGUCAAGCAAACAAGUCCUAUACCUUCAAUCCAGAGUCACUGCUGGUCCAGGACAUUGCCAAGAUUCCCAAGCUCAUGGCCUACAAGAAGCCCUCCCUCAUCGUCCUCAAGUGCAUCAACUGA